AUGCCGCCAGAGCCAUUGCCUUGGGACCGGAAGAGGCAUGAGAGGUCCGAGUCGUCGUCUUCCUUAGGGUCCACACCGCGAUGGAGGGACUUGCCCUCAGGAGGAGGUCAUUAUGGAUCCUACCGCGAGUUUUCUCCUCGCUGGACUGGAGGAUCCGGCGAGUUCCGCAGGCCUUCCGGUCAUGGUAAGCAGGGUGGUUGGCACCUGUUUACUGAAGAACCUGGUUAUGGGUAUACACCCUCCAGGUCAAGCGACAAGAUGCAGGAAGGUGAUAAUGGUAGACCACCAUUUUCACGCGGAGACGGGAAAUAUGGCAGGUCCAGUAGAGAUAACAACCGGGGGCCUUUUGGACAGAGAGACUGGAGAGCUCAUUCAUGCGAGAUGAGCAAUGGGUCUCCAAAUGGACCUGGAAGAUUCCAUGAUGUGAGUAAUGAUCAGAGGUCAGUUGAUGAUAUGCUAACCUAUCCUCAUUCUCAUCCUCCUAAUUCUGACUUGGUAAACACAUGGGGCCAGCUUCAGUUGAAAGAGCAGCGUGACAGUAAUAAGGAAGGUGGUCCCGGUGCUUUGGGUUCGGGUGAGAGAGUUGAAAAAGAGAACUCACUGGACUGGAAACCCCUUAAGUGGACUCGAGCAGGAAGUUUGUCCUCUAGGGGAUCUGGAUUCAGCCACUCCAGUAGUUCGAAAAGUCUUGGGGCAGUAGACUCUAAUGGAGGAAAGAUAGCGGUGAUGCCAAAGAAUGAACCUCCAAUUCGGUCUUCCUCAGGGAAUGCAGCAGCAGCUGUCUGUGAUACUUCAGUGGCACCUUCCGACGACACAACCUCAAGGAAAAAGCCGCGCCUUAGAUGGGGUGAGGGACUGGCAAAGUUUGAGAAGCGGAAAGACCCCGAGAUUAGCUUGACCAGAGAUGGUACCAUCUUGUUUGCUAACACUGCUGAACCUGGUCACUCGCACAGUUCAAGCCUGGCAGAAAAAAGCCCCAGGCUGCUGGGAUUUCCUGGUUGUUCUUCUCCUGCAACACCUUCCUCUGUUGCUUGUAGUUCCUCACCAGGUGUAGAGGAGAAAAGUUCUUGCAAGGCAAUGAGUGUUGAUAAUGACGGCAGUAAUUUAUGUGGUUCGCCGAGUUUCGGCUCUCAAAGCCAUCCCGAGGGUUUCUCUUUUAGUUUAGAAAAGCUGGAUAUUCCUAAUGUGGAGUCCUCGCUCAUUGAGAUGCUUCAGUCUGAGGAUUUGUGUUCUAUGGACUCCAGUUUUGUGAAGUUGACGGGAAUGAAUAAAUUACUUGUUUGGAAAGGUGAUGUUAUGAAGGCCCUAGAAACAACAGAGUCUGAGAUAGAUAGUCUUGAAAAUGAACUAAAGUCGUUGAAGUCUGAUUAUAGAAGCAAGCUGCCAUGCCCAUCAUUCAGUUCCUUAGCCGAACAUAGAGAUGCUAUCCCUUGCAAUGAACUGGAGAAAUUAUCUGGUGUUGCUCUCCGUCCUCCUUCUCUGCAAGUUGUAUCCAAUAAGGAUGAGGUUCUGGAAACAAAUCGUAUUCCUGAUGGAGCCACUGAAGUUGGUGGUACUGGUGCCAAGGAUGAUGACAUUGAUAGUCCUGGAACUGCUACGUCAAAGUUUAUAGAACCUGUAUUGUCGGUGCGGACUUCUUCAUCUGAUAUGGUGAUAGACACUGAGCAUGCUGCUGUAGUGGCAAUUGAGCAUUCAGGUGUGGACUCGAAAUGUGAAGUGCCUGUGACAAAUGAGAAAGACAGUGCUGUUUCACCAGGCGAUGUUAAUUUUCUCGUCCGCUGCAGCAAUCAUGAACUUGUAUCUGCUCCGACAAGAUCAGUGGCAGAUGGAGAAGAUAAUGUAUGUGCUGCCAUAUUGGCUUCGAAUAAGGAAUUUGCUUGUGCAGCAGCUGGCGAAUUUAAGAGAUUAUUGCCUACUAAUUUUUCCUCGGUUGAUUGCUCAAGAGUUACCAGUAUGCUGUCAAUGCAAACUGAUCGUGUUAUGAGAGAGAAGUUCAUAAUGAAGAAACGCUUCACAAUGUUCAAGGAGAAAGUGGUGGCCCUAAAGUUCAAAGCCUUGCAACAUUUGUGGAAGGAAGAUCUACACUUGCUCUCUGUGAAGAAACACAAGGCAAAGUCCCUGAAGAAAUUUGACUCAAGUUUGCGGCCUAUUCACAACACGUAUCAGAAACAUCGGUCUUCAUCUCGCACACGGAUCUAUUCACCUGGCAAUACGAGACUGGUUCCUACUCCAGAGACAUUGAAAUUCAUUAGCAAGCUGCUUGCAGAUUGCAAUGUCAAAGUUUGCAGGGAUAACUUGAAAAUGCCAGCACAGAUUUUGGAUGACAAGGAAAAAAUAGCGUCGAGGUUUAUUUCUGGCAAUGGAUUAGUUGAAGAUCCCUGUGCAGUUGAGAGGGAAAGAGCUAUGAUUAAUCCCUGGACUCAGGAGGAGCGUGAAGUCUUUAUUGAUAAGCUGGCUUCUUGUGGUAAGGAUUUCACGAAGAUUGCUUCGUUUCUUGAACACAAGACGACUGCAGACUGUGUUGAGUUUUAUUACAAAAAUCACAAGUCUGAUUCAUUUAGAAAAAUCAAGAAGAAUAAGCAAUCCAAGUCAUUGACGAACUACUUGAUGUCGUCAUCAAGUCAGAAGUGGAAUCGUGAGAUGACCGCAGCAGCUCCACUGGAUCUUUUGGGUACUGCAUCAGUUAUGACUGAUUCUGACAGGGGCAUGGUUAGCAGAAAGAAGCAUUCUACUAAAAUUUUAAUCAGAGGCUAUAAUAGUAAUAAUUGCAAAAUAUUGAGAGAUGGAGACAGUAUUUCAUCAGAAAGGUCAAACAAUUAUGAUGCCGUGGUCAAUGAAAGAGAAACUGCUGCUGCUGCUGCUGCUGAUGUGCUUGCUGGUAUUAGUGGUUCGAUGAGCUCUUGCAUUACUACUUCUGCAGAUCGUCGUGAGGGAUUCCAUGAACGUAAUGCCCGAAAGAGAGGGAGUGGGAAUAGGAAUAUACGUCCUUCUUUAUCUGAUGUAACCCACAGUGCGGAUGAAGAGGAAACUUGUUCUGAUGAUAGCUGUGGGGAAAUGAAUGCUACUGCUCAUUGGACAGAUGAGGAGAAAGCAGCUUUUGUUCAGGCAGUUUCUUUGUAUGGCAAGGAUUUCGCAAGUAUCUCGCGUGGUGUCCGGACAAGGUCUGAGGUUCAGUGCAAGGUGUUCUUUAGCAAAACAAAAAAGUGUCUUGGGCUGGAUCAGAUUCAUUCUGGAAGAGUGAAAGUUGGCCCAUCUUUGAGUGAGGAUGCAAAUGGAGGUGGGAGUGACAUGGAAGAUGCUUGUGCUAUCGAGAAUGGUUCAAAAGAAUUUCCUUCUAAGGUGGACCUGGACCUGCCUCCAGUUAUGUGUGCUAUUGGGGAGAAGGACGAUGUUUGUGAUGGUGAGGCUAGAGUUAAUCAUGAAAAUGAUUUGAAUUUAUUGGGGGAUAACGAUGUUGGAGAAGAAGCUACGGAAGAUGAGCAUUUAAUGGUUGUGGAUACUGCUAUGGUUUCUAAUGGCCCGAAAGAUUACUUGCUUCAGUCAACUCAUCUUGUUGAUGGUGAAGUCAUUAAUGGGUUUGUUCAUCAUAAUUCUCUUUUCAUGAGUGGUCAGAAAGUUUCAGUGGAGUCUGUUGUUACAGAAGGUGAACGAGAGUGUGUAGUUAAAGAGGACUUUUCAGAAUCUUGCUUUACUGGAGAUGCAGCCAAUUCUGGUCCAUCAUCCAACCUGGUUUGUGUAUCUGAAAUUGAAGCUGGGAAAGAAGUCCCUGUCAGGAAAUCUGAGAACAGUCUGAUACAAGAUUUGAAUGUAACCAAAGAAGUCUCGCACCCUCUUCCAUUAGAUAUGGGCUCUUCCUCAAAUGAAAGUCCUGUUACUGAAAUUAUGAAUCAAAAGCAAGCUGAAGUGAGUUCUGUGGAGACCAGUCUGGCUGUCAUGUCUUUCCCAUUGGAAGCUAGUAACAUGUCUAGUGCAGACUCUGUUGUACUAACACAGUAUGGCAAAGUGCAUGACUCGGGUAACAGGACUUUCUGUGGAAAGCAAGCUGGCAGUGUUGAUGUUCAUGAGAAUAGUGAUAAACAGGAUGGGAGGUCUAUCUGUGGAAAUGGCCAUGUGCAGCCUUUGCUUGGCCACCCUGUGCUGAAUCAUUGGGGAUCUGCUCAACUUAAGAGUGGUUCCGCAGCUGAAAUUCCCGCGAAGCAGUUGAAUGAUGUUACUUCCUGCAGACCUAUUUCUAAUGGUGCAGUCUUGAAAAAAUCUGAAGAGAUUAUUAUAUCCAGUCAGUUGGCCGAGGCCUGCUACCUUCAGAACUCCAGCCAACAUUCUGAACGAGCAAGUGAGCAGCCUCAAAACUCGUCAGAAGUGGAGAAGCCAUGCAGGAAUGGUGAUGUUAAACUAUUCGGUAAAAUACUAAGUACUCCUUUGUCAUCGUCACAGAAGAAGCCAGACCAUCCUCCUGAAGCACAUGGGCAUGAUGAAAAUGGCAGCACCCUCCCUGUGAAGACAAGCAGCAGCUGCAGCAGCUCAUCUACCUUUAAAUUUACUGGCCAUCCAAAUCCCAGUUCAUCAGAUGCAGGGAAUCUGGCGAGUUUGCUGAAUUUUGAUCAGAACAAAUGUGGUGCAGGAGGGUUGAUGGAGAAUAGUGUUCCAAUGAGGAGUUAUGGUUUUUGGGAUGGGAGCAGAAUACAGACUGGGCUGACAUCGUUGCCUGAUUCUGCCAUCUUGCUGGCCAAGUAUCCUGCUGCAUUUAGCAAUUACCCAGGGGUUUCCUCAUCACCGAAGAUUGAUCCUGCAGCAGCAUUGCAUGCUGUCGUAGCUAAGAACAGUGAACAACGAAGUAUGAAUGGCUUACCUGGUUUCCCUCAAAAGGAUGUAAGCAGCAACAGCAGCAGUAACGCGCUGCUGGAUUUCCAGAGGUACAUGAGUCAUCAUGAUGCUACCAACAAACUGCAGCCACCAUUUGUGUUCGAUUCAAUUUCGAGUCUACAGCAGCAUGGAAUGGCGGCAGCAGUAGGAAUGGGAAUGAGUAGCAUUGCAGCAGUUAGAGGUGGAAGCAGUAGUGUUAUUCGUCAGGCUGUGUCAGAUCCUGUGACGGCCAUUAAGAUGCACUUUGCCAAGGCUGAUCAUCAAUUUGGUGGUUCCUCAAAUGGAGGGACGAUAAAUGUGAAGAGGCAGGAUGAUUCUACUAGUAGUAGUUGGAGAGGCAAGGGGGAUGUGCUGAGAUAG